AUAGCAGAAAUUAGAGGUGACAAAUGUCAGGCCCCGAGUGCUGCUCAAACCCACCGAUCCUCGACCCAAACUCUGGAGCAGGCCACGUUCAAAAACUCGGUGGUCUCAACUCUUAUGUCAGCGGCCUCUCCUGUUCUAAGCACGCCAUUCUUUUGGUGUCAGAAGUUUUUGGUGCUACUUGUUUGUUAUACAGGAAGCUUGCAGACAAGAUUGCAGCUAAAGGGUACUAUGUAGUGGUACCUGACUUCUUGUAUGGAGAUCCCUUUGCCUACGAAAAAGCCAGCAGACCUCUGCCAGUUUGGCUAAAAGAUCAUGAGCCAGACAAAGCAUUUGAAGAUGCAAAACCAGUAAUUGAAGCCUUAAAAAGCAUAGGCGCUUUGUCUAUCGGGGCUGCAUCUUUUUGUUGGGGUGCAAAGUGUGUUGUAGAACUUGCCAAGUCUGGAAUGAUUCAAUCUGCUGUGCUAUUUCAUCCAUCAUUUGUCACUGUGGAUGACAUCAAGGGGGUUAAUAUACCAAUUGCAAUACUUGGAGCUGAGAUUGACCAAUACUGCCCUCCAGAACUAGUGAAACAGUUUGAAGAGGUCCUAACUGCUCAGCUUGGGGAUGAUUGCUAUGUGAAGGUGGUUCCUAAGGUGUCUCAUGGAUGGACUGUGAGGUACAACAUGGAAGAUGAAGCAGCUGUGAUGGCUGCAGAGGCGGCCCAUCAGAAAUUAUUGGCCUGGUUCGCUGAGCAUGUUCGCUGAAUUUGCCAAACAAAACUGCUCUAUGAUGAGCAGCCAGCCUUUUGUGGUUAUGUGUGUGGAUCAGCCACUCUUAAGCAUGUAACGUUUGAUUAAUGUAGUGUUCACCUUUUCAUCCAAUAAAAAACUAUGAGAGACUCUUGUGUAUUUUCCGCAUAGGAGGAGGUUUGAACUUUUUUUUUGUAUAUGGAAAUAAAUA